UAUAUCUUCCUAUUGUUAAACGUAAAAAGGACAACGAAAAUCUAUGUAUCAUGAAGCAAAAAAAAGCUAAAAUCUAAAAAGUUAUUUUUAGGGGAGAAAAGAGAGAUUACAAAAGAUUAGGGGGAAGAAAACAAAUAUAGGAAAGAAGCGUUCUUGACUUCUUUCUCUGCCUGUAAUUUUUUUUUUUUUUUUUUUACUUUAACGACUUACCUGUAAUUUCUUUCUUGACUAGAUAAUUUUUUUUUGUUUCCUAAAUUCUAUCCGAAUUUUUUUUCAAGGAAAAACCAACGGCUGUGUCCUUCAAUCCAGGUAAAGAGUCUCGUCCUUUUUCCAGGAAAAUUCAGAAGAAAUUAAAGUUUCAGCAAUUAAAAUGAUUAUCAUUUAAAAAAAAAAAACAGAGUUCAUGUGUUUUCUAAAAAUUGAAACUUUCAGAAUUUGCUGUCGUUUGAGAAAAUGAAAAGAAAUAACCUAUUGAGGAGAAGAAAAAGACCAUUUUUAUAGGCUUGAAUAAGAUAACGAAUGUGGAGGAAUUUUGAAUGUAUUUGCAGAGUUUGGAGAUAAAUAAUGUCCAACUCUCAAAUCGAAUCAACUUGUGCAUCUCUUCUACAACAACUUGAGAUUAUAUGGAACGAGGUUGGAGAAACUGAAACAGAAAGGGAGAAGGUUUUGAUUGAAAUCGAAGAAGAAUGCAGAGAAGUCUACAAUCGAAAAAUCGAAAAGUUUAAAGAAGAGAGGAUUCGGAUAAAACAAGAGAUUGCUGAUUCAGAAGCAAGAGUUAUUGAUAUAUGUUCUGUAAUGGACGAGCCACCAAUUCUUGGAAGACAACAUCAAUCUGAUCAACAAAAUGGGAGAAGCUUGAAAGAUGAGUUAGUAAAGAUUCUUCAGAAACUUGAGGAAAUGGAAAAAAGAAAAUCAGAGAGGAAGAAACAGUUUAUUCAAGUAAUUGAAGAUAUAAGAUGUGUAAGAGAUGAGAUUAAUGGAGAAUCUUAUCAGAGUACUUGUUCAUCUGAUUUUUCGGUUGAUGAAUCCGAUUUAUCUCUUAGAAAGCUUGAAGAGUUACAUAGAGAGCUUUACACACUUCAAGAACAGAAGAGAAACCGGGUGAAACAGAUUCAAGAUCAUCUAAAAACUCUCGAAUCGCUUUGUUCGGUUCUCGGUUUGAAUUUUCGAGAAACUGUCACCACGAUUCACCCAAGUUUAGUAGAAUCUGAAGGGUCAAGAAGUAUAAGUAAUGAAACACUUGACAAGUUAGCUUUAUCAAUAAAGAACUGGCAUGAGAUAAAGAUACAGAGAAUGCAAGAACUCCAAGAUCUCGUGACAACGAUGCUUGAGUUUUGGAAUUUAAUGGAUACACCAGCAGAAGAACAACAAAAGUUCAUGGAUGUUUCAUGUAAUAUAGCGGCUACUGUUUCUGAAAUAACCAAACCAAAUAGUCUUUCUAUAGAUUUGCUAGAAGAGGUUAAAGCUGAGCUGUGUCGGUUGGAGGAGUUGAAGUGGAGCAAAAUGAAAGAACUUGUUCUAAAGAAAAGGUCAGAGCUUGAAGAGAUAUGCAGAAGAACACACAUAGUGCUUGAAGAAGAAGAAGAUAUUGCGGUUGAGAAUGUAAUCAAAGCCAUUGAAUCGGGAGAUGUGAACCCUGAAAAUAUACUAGAACAGAUCGAAUAUCGAGCUGGGAAAGUGAAAGAGGAAGCUCUAAGCAGAAAAGAGAUUCUUGAAAAAGCUGAGAAAUGGUUGAAUGCUUGUGAGGAAGAGAACUGGCUUGAAGAGUAUAAUCAGGAUGAAAACCGAUACAACGCUGGAAAAGGAUCUCAUUUAAUCCUCAAACGCGCAGAGAAAGCUCGUGCACUUGUUAAUAAACUUCCAGCUAUGGUUGAAGCAUUAGCUUCCAAGAUUACAAUAUGGGAAUCAGAGAAAGAAUCUGAGUUUCUCUUUGAUGGUAAUCGUUUACUUUCAAUGCUCGAGGAGUAUUCUGAACUCAGAGAAGAGAAAGAACAAGAACGCCGCAGAAAGAGGGAUCUGAAGAAACUUCAGGGUCAAGUGAUAUCAGAGCAAGACAAAGGAAAUGUUACGAAGCCUCAAAGCGCGAAAAAGGGUCUUAAAGUGUCAACUAACAAGAGAUUUGUCUCAUCACCUCAUACUCCUCGAGCUGAUUCGCCUCAGUCAGCAAAAUCGAAUCAAUAUUUUACUCCUCUAUCACGCCAUAGCUGAAAAAGAUUGAGCAACGAUUUCAAAAACAGUCUUUUAAAUAGAUCAAACUGGUAAUAGUUUCUAUCUUACACACACAGAUUCUGUACAAGUAUAGUUCUUAUACAAUGGCGUUUAUGUGAGUAUGCAGCCAUAGAGACAAGAGAUCAGAGAGAAACAACAUUCUCAUAGAACCUGCUAUUCAAAGAGAAGGUCUCAAAACUGAUGAUUGGAUCCAAGUGUGUAUUAUACACUGAUUUGUGUUGAGGAAAGAUUAGUUUGACUUUGACCGACCAAUGUACUUGCUGAAAAAAACCAAUGACAAUUUUUUCCUAACAUCUUUUUAAAGUUUGUUCUCUUCAUGAUCUGUAAAUACUUUUAGUUGAUUUUGUAAUUAACAUCAUCUAGAAACUUUGACGCAUA